GGACAGGUGAAGGUGGAUGAGAUUAGCCUUUGAGCAGUAAGAGAGCUGGCACACAACAGAUCUGUGGCAACUUGAAGGUGAUUUUAAAAGUUCAGCUCCGAGACACCAAUAAGGCAAGCGCAGUGAAGACAUUUUAGCAGGGGGCAUCAGUUUGCAAGCAGGCAAGCCUUGGAACAGAGAUCUACUGACAGGAUAGUUGAAGCUGCUGGGUCUGGUGGGACUCUCAUGAGGCAGGAUGCUGCCAACAACACCACCAACAGCUUGUAAGUUAUGCUGAGUCAGGCAGUCCAGCUGCGGCGUCAAUCUGGAGCACUGUCCCAAACGCUCGUUCAACACCCAGAAAACUCUGCGGUCGGCUGUCAGCAUUCGUCAGUCUGCUUCAGAUCUGUGGGGAGCAAGGGCUCGAUCCGACAGUCUGCUAGCGCUCAUCUUUGGUCAAGCACAGCUAGAAAGUUUGCCAGCGCCAAUCUGAAAGUAACUAGAAUGGGUUGGAGUAUUGACGAGUGGAGGGAGGGGCCCGGGGGUUGUGCGGUGGAGGCUCAUCCGCCUGUCAAGAGCAUGUCUCUGCUGGGGAACUGGCGGAUAGGCUCUGCGGGGUGGGGCCUCGGAUCUACCAGCUGCUCAAUAGAGGCUCGGAGAGAGCCGCCAUCCGCGCUCGGGAAGCGCAUCGCCUCAGCAGUCGCGGAAGUUCUCGCGGAGGCCUCGAAAGACGGGAAGAGCAACCGCACGACGAAGCAGCACCGGUUCUGGAAGAAGUCGGACGAGCCAACGCAGCAAUUCGACUUUGUAGUCAUCGGAAGCGGCGUUGCGGGGCUGAAGUAUGCUCUGUCAGUUGCGGAGCACGGGUCGGUAGCGGUCGUAACCAAGUCAGCCGCGCGGGAAAGCAACACGAACUAUGCUCAGGGGGGCAUUGCGUCGGUGCUUGAUUCCAACGACUCGGUUGACAACCAUAUCCGGGAUACGAUUGUUGCGGGAGCUUUUCUAAGUGACGAGCAGGCGGUGGAGAUUGUGUGUCGGGAGGGCCCUGACCGCGUGCGCGAACUGAUUGCCAUGGGGGCGUCGUUCGACAAGGGCGCCGACGGCACGCUGCACCUCACGAAGGAAGGGGGCCACUCGCACUCGCGCAUCGUGCACGCCGCUGACGUCACCGGGCGCGAGAUCGAGCGCGCGCUGCUGACGGCCGUCGCGAGCAGCCCGAACAUCAGCGUCUACGAACACCACUUCGUUGUGGACCUGCUGACGUCACAGUCGAACGAGGGGACCGUCUGCCAUGGGGUUGAUGCGAUCGACGUCGCAUCUGGAAAAGUCAUCCGAUUCUUGGCUUCGGCAACUCUGCUAGCCGCCGGGGGGGCAGGUCACGUGUACCCGAACACGACGAACCCUCUGGUCGCUACUGGAGACGGGGUAGCCAUGGCGCACCGCGCAGGGGGCGUCAUUGCGAACAUGGAAUUCGUCCAAUUCCACCCCACUAGUUUAGCGGAUGCGGCCCUCAAACGGGGCCCGAAAAGGGAGAACGCCUUUCUGAUCACGGAAGCUGUCCGCGGAUCGGGAGGCCUUCUCUUUAAUCAGGCGGGCGAACGGUUUAUGCCAAAGUACGAUCCGAGGGAAGAGCUAGCGCCACGAGACGUCGUGGCCAGAAGCAUCGACGACCAGCUGAAGCAGCGCGGGGAGAAGUACGUCCUGCUGGACAUCAGCCACAAGCCGCGCGAUGAGAUCCUGUCGCACUUUCCCAACAUCGCCAAGGAGUGCCUCAAGUAUGGCAUUGACAUCACACGGGACGGCAUCCCGGUCGUCCCUGCUGCGCACUACAUGUGCGGCGGAAUCCAGACUGGCCUGCACGGCGAGACGUCCAUCCGGGGCUUGUGGGCGUGCGGCGAGGUGGCGCACACGGGACUGCACGGUGCCAACCGGCUCGCCAGCAACUCGCUUUUGGAGGCCCUCGUCUUCGCCGAGCGGGCGGCGUCCCCGUCGAUCGCCCACGUGAAGCAGGCACGUGACUCGGAGUCACGUGACUCCGAUGUGCACGACGAAUUAGAAACGGUGGCCGGACGGUGGGAGCGCCCGCGGACGCGCAGCCCGCUGCAGACGUCCGAGACGGACGAGGUGCGGGAGGAGACGCGGCGGCGGCGCAAGCAGCUGCAGGAGAUCAUGUUCGAUUACGUCGGCAUCGUGCGCUCGACGGAGCGGCUGACCAAGGCCCUGAAGGAGCUGCGAAGCGUGAGAAAGGCGUGGGAGUCGUUCCUCGAAGAGCGGGGCUGGAGUGCAGGCAUUGUGAGCGUGGAGGUGUGUGAGAUGCGCAACCUGCUGGACGUCGCCAAGCUGAUUGUCCAGAGCGCGCUGGUCAGGCGGGAGAGCCGCGGCCUGCACUUUACCACCGACCACCUCGAAUACGUGGAGAGUGAGCGGCACCCGACACUGCUCUUUCCCGAAGGAACGAACUUGACGAAGUGGGGCUCGCAGAACAAAGAAUCGAACUCGAAGGCGGACAAAACCAGCCAGGUCGCUAUCUCCGCCUGAAUUUAGGGAGUCCGCCAAUCUAGAAGGUCGCAACGUCCGCUAGAGGACGUUGCCUCAAUAAUUCGCGCCAGAGGGGGAUUCUCACGAUUCGGUAGAUUCAGCUUCACAAUGAGCUGAACGGUAUUCUAGACGUAAUAAGGUCAGAUUGAUGCUUCGAGAUUGAAACACAAUGUGUAUAGCGGAAGCUUAGAUGGACGGUCAGAAUUGGACAACUUAGCGCGCAGGCGUGUAGGAAAUCAGUUUAAUCACGGAUGGGCACCGUGUCUAGGUACUUACGCAUUGCAGUGGACGUUGAACCACGUUGUCCAGUAAACGUAUUUUGCUUAUAGUCGACGUGUCAGCAAAAACGUGGAUUCAAUCUUGUACGUUGUGUGGGCAAAUUAUCAUUGUGCUUUUAC